AUGCCGCCCAAUGGCCCGACCAAUGGUCUCCGAACUGCCCGACAGCCAGACCUUCACCUUAUUACCGAUGAAGAUGCCGUCUAUGAGCAGGAUAUUUUAAGGGAUCUAGGCAGUACGAAACCUUGGCUCGCUUAUAUUCAAUUCAAAGUCCAACAUGGCACCAUUCAGGAGCAAGCCUUUGUUCUCGAGAGGGCUUGUCAGCAGCUACCGCGAUCAUACAAGCUCUGGAAGAUGUACUUGCAAUUCCGAACGAAGCAUGUCACAAAGCUGAAUGCCGCCGUUUUUGCUUCCGAGUAUAAAAAGGUCAACGCCCUAUUCGAGCGAGCCCUCGUCCUACUCAACAAGAUGCCAAAGAUAUGGGAAUUGUACUUAAAAUUCUUACUGAAGCAGCCCCUUGUUACCUUUACCCGGCGCACGUUCGACCGAGCGCUCCGAGCCCUUCCUAUAACCCAGCACAAUCGGAUAUGGGCCCUAUAUAGACCAUUCGCGAACUCUGCCUCGGGGGAAACUGCGGUAAAGAUAUGGCGAAGGUAUAUGCAAGUUCAUCCUGAGGAUACUGAAGACUUUAUCGAACUCUUGAUACAGGUCGGUCUUUAUACCGAGGCUGUGAAGAAAUAUAUCGAUAUCCUCAACAAUCCGCGCUUCAAUAGCAAGCAUAGCAAAGGCCAUUACGAGCUUUGGAGCGAGAUGGUUGACCUACUUAUUGAUCAUGCCAACGAAGUCGAAACGGGCCACGAGACCGGCAUCGAUGUCGAGCGUAUCAUUAGGAGUGGAAUCGACAGGUUUGAUGACCAAAGAGGGAAGCUCUGGUACGGCUUAGCUACGUAUUGGGUCAGGAGAGGAAGCUUCGAACGCGCGAGAGACAUUUACGAAGAAGGAAUCACAACUGUCAUGACUGUUCGGGAUUUCACCAUGAUCUUUGAUAGUUAUGCAGAAUUUGAAGAGUCCAUCAUUGGUGCGCUAAUGGAGUUAGCCUCCCAGCGAGCGGAAGAAGGCACACUCGAUGAUGACGCCGAUUUCGAUCUCGAUAUACGCAUGAUGCGGUUUGAGCAGCUCAUGGACCGACGGCCAUUCCUUCUGAAUGAUGUAUUACUACGACAAAACCCCAAUAGCGUUUCAGAAUGGGAGAAACGAGUAGCGCUUUGGGGGGAUAACAAGGUCGAAGUCGUGCAGACAUAUACCGAUGCCAUUGCUGCGAUCAGUCCAAAGAAAGCAGUUGGGCCUUUUCAUCAAUUAUGGGCAAAUUACGCCAAAUUCUACGAAAAGGGCGGUGAUAUACGAAAUGCGCGUAUCAUUAUGGAGAAGGCUGUCAAGGUCCCAUUCAAAUCUGUUGCUGAAUUGGCUGAUAUGUGGAUCGAGUGGGCCGAGAUGGAACUUCGCAAUGAGAACUUUGACGAAGCUGUCAAGAUCAUGGCAAAGGCCGUACAAGCCCCGAAGAGAUCAACUGUGGACUAUUUCGAUGAAACCCUAUCGCCGCAACAAAGAGUCCAUAAGAGCUGGAAGCUUUGGAGUUUCUAUGUUGACCUUGUUGAGAGUGUCAACUCCCUGGAGGAGACGAAGAAAGUGUACGAACGGAUAUUCGAACUUCGGAUCGCUACACCGCAAACCGUCGUCAACUAUGCCAAUCUUAUGGAGGAACAUAAAUAUUACGAAGAAUCCUUCAAGAUAUAUGAAAGAGGGCUCGACCUCUUUAGUUACCCGGUGGCUUUCGAAUUAUGGAAUCUCUACUUGACUAAGGCAGUAGAUAGAAAGAUUGGAAUUGAACGACUGCGAGAUCUUUUUGAGCAGGCAGUAGAAGAUUGCCCGCCUAAAUUUGCUAAAGUGUUAUAUCUCAUGUACGGCAAUCUCGAAGAGGAACGGGGUUUAGCGAGACACGCUAUGCGUAUUUACGAGAGAGCUACCCGUGCAGUUUCAGACGAAGACCGAGCGGAUAUGUUUAACUUCUAUAUCACCAAGUCGGCGUCCAAUUUUGGGUUGCCGUCUACGAGACCAAUCUACGAAAGGGCCAUCGCAGCUCUACCAGACGAAGAAGCGCGCGAUAUGUGUCUAAAGUUCGCCGAUAUGGAGAAGCGCCUCGGCGAAAUCGACCGAGCUCGCGCCAUUUACGGACACGCAUCCCAGUUCUGCGACCCGCGCACGAACCCAGCGUUCUGGACUAAGUGGGAACAGUUUGAAGUGCAACAUGGCAACGAGGACACGUACAAGGAGAUGUUACGCAUCAAGCGCAGCGUACAAGCACAGUACAACACCGAUGUGAACUUCAUCGCGUCACAAGCCAUCGCACGUGCAAAUCAAACACGAGCAGGAUCAGAAACAGCGAACGGAGACCCCGAAGUUGCUGAUGCAAUGGAACAGCUAGAGCGGCAGGCCCGAGCGCCGGCAGGAUUCGUGGCGUCGAGCACGGGACUCGCAGGGACAGUAACCAAAGAACCGGUCGCAGUGCCUAGCAACCCAGAUGCUAUCGACAUCGACGGCAUGGAUGACGACUGA